AGAGUCGCUGCCUGCAGCUCACGGACGGAGUCCAUCAUAGCUACUAUACUAUAUAGCAGUAGCGUAGCACAGGCUCGAGGUGACGAUCCCAAGUGCCAAAUUUCUAGACAUAUUAAGUAUAUCCAGUGUAUUUUAUAUACAGCGUGUAUUUAUACCGAGCGUUCGCACGAGGUCGUUGACGCAUCUUCUCUUCGUUUCAUGAAGCAAAAUAACAAGUGACACUGCAAAAGAUGUCGGACCACUUUGGGCCUAUUACCCUGAAAUGGGAUCCCAAGAAUUUGGAGAUCCGUACCAUGUCGGUGGAGAAGACACUGGAGCCACUUGUGCUCCAGGUUACGACACUGGUGAACACAAAAGGACCCAGCAAAAAGAAGAAGGGCAAAUCGAAGAGAGCUAGUGCUCUUGUUGCUGCUGUUGAAAAGGCUACGGCCAAUUUUAUCGAGAAGGGAGAACAAAUCGCUUAUGAAAAUCCUGACAUCACUGCAGAGAUGAUAAGCGCUGUAGAAGAAGUGAGGAAGACUGGUUCUGCUAUGAGCAUUGCUGCUAGAGAAUUCUCUGAAGAUCCAUGCUCAUCCUUAAAGAGGGGAAACAUGGUUCGUGCAGCUAGAAAUCUUCUGUCAGCUGUGACUCGACUGCUCAUUCUGGCGGACAUGGUUGACGUUCAUCUACUCUUGAAAUCUCUGCACGUUGUUGAGGAUGACUUGAAGAAGCUUAAGAAUGCAUCAUCCCAAGGAGAACUUUUGGAGAACAUCAAACAAUUUGGCAUAAAUGCCACAGAGCUGAUGAACCAGGCAGCAAAACGUCAGCAAGAGUUGAAAGAUCCUCAACUGCGUGAUGACUUGGCUGCUGCUCGAGCUGUUCUCAAAAAGCACUCCACCAUGUUGCUUACAGCAUCCAAAGUCUAUGUGCGACAUCCUGAGUUAGCUGCUGCCAAGGCUAAUCGAGAUUACGUGCUCAAACAGGUCUGCGAAGCCGUGAACACGAUAAACGACGUAGCACAGGGCAAGACGCCAGGUGACACUCAACAUCCAUACGACGGCCCGGGUGAGCUCGCCGCGGCUCUUGACGACUUUGACGAGCGAAUGGUCAUGUCACCUUUGGCUUAUAACGAGGUACGCACCCGGCCCAGCCUCGAGGAACGUCUCGAGAGCAUCAUCAGCGGUGCCGCCCUCAUGGCUGACUCUUCUUGCACACGCGAUGAACGACGCGAGCGCAUCGUCGCCGAGUGCAACGCUGUCAGGCAAGCGCUCCAGGAUCUGCUCAGCGAAUACAUGAACAACUUACAACUGGCACGAGCUGGUAAAAGGAUGGGCGUGAAAGAACAAUCAGAAGGACUGGAACGAGCUAUUGAUCACAUGUGCAGAAAGACUAGAGAUCUGCGAAGACAACUGCGUAAGGCUGUUGUUGAUCAUGUCUCUGACAGUUUCUUGGAGACCAGUGUACCUCUACUGGUCCUCAUUGAUGCUGCUACUAAAGGCAAAGACAAAGAAGUUGAAGAGUAUGCACUCGUUUUCACCGAGCAUGCUAAUAAAUUAGUCGAGGUGGCCAAUUUAGUAUGCAGCAUGUCAGGAAAUGAGGAUGGUGUGAAGAUGGUGCGCUACGCAGCAGCCCAGAUUGAAGACCUGUGCCCACAGGUGAUUAACGCUGCCCGCGUUCUGGCGGCGCGUCCACGCUCCAAGGUUGCCCUGGACAAUAUGGAGGUAUUCCGACAGGCUUGGGAGAAUCGGGUGCGCGUGCUCACCGAGGCCGUUGAUGACAUUACGACGAUCGAUGACUUCCUUGCUGUCUCCGAGAACCAUAUUCUCGAGGAUGUCAAUAAGUGCGUGUUGGCACUGCAAGAGGGUGAUGCCGACACACUUGACAGGACUGCCGGUGCCAUUCGGGGUCGCUCCGCCAGGGUCUGCAACGUUGUUCAAGCAGAGAUGGACAAUUACGAGCCAUGCAUUUACACUAAACGAGUCCUUGAGGCAGUUAAGGUUCUUCGAGAACAGGUCAUGCCUAAAUUUGCACAGAGGGUCGAGGUGGCUGUCGAUGCGUUGGGCAACAAUCCGCCCAAGGAUGUUGACGAAAACGACUUCAUUGAUGCUUCCAGGCUCGUUUAUGACGGUGUCAGGGAGAUUAGACGUGCUGUGCUCAUGAACAGGGCUGAUGAGGACUUGGAUCCGGAAGACGUCGAAUUGGAUGAGCACUAUACCCUAGAAACGCGCAGCAAGUCGAGCGCCCAGACGGGCGAGCACGGUGUAGACGAAUAUCCAGAGAUCAGUGGUAUCACAACUGCCCGCGAGGCCAUGCGUAAAAUGACAGAGGAGGAUAAACAGAAGAUUCUGCAACAGGUCGAGCAUUUCAAGAGCGAGAAACUCAAGUUCGACCGCGAGGUCGCUAAGUGGGACGACGCUGGCAACGAUAUCAUAGUCCUAGCCAAGCACAUGUGCAUGAUCAUGAUGGAGAUGACGGAUUUCACUCGUGGUCGUGGACCUCUCAAGACCACCAUGGACGUAAUCAAUGCUGCUAAGAAAAUUUCUGAGUACGGCACAAAGCUUGAUAAGCUCACGCGCCAAAUCGCCGACCAGUGCCCUGAGAGCUCAACCAAAAAAGAUUUGCUCGCUUACCUGCAGAGAAUUGCUUUAUACUGUCAUCAAAUGAACAUCACCAGUAAAGUCAAAGCCGACGUACAGAACAUCAGUGGAGAGCUGAUUGUAUCCGGCCUUGAUAGUGCCACUUCACUUAUUCAGGCCGCGAAGAAUUUGAUGAAUGCAGUCGUGCUGACUGUCAAGGCGUCUUACGUCGCCAGCACCAAAUAUCCCAGACAAUCUACUGUCACGUAUUCGCCAAUUGUCGUAUGGAAAAUGAAAGCCCCAGAAAAGAAGCCACUAGUACGUCCCGAACGACCAGAAGAGGUACGCGCUAAGGUGCGCAAGGGCUCCCAGAAGAAGGUUCAAAACCCCAUCCACGCGCUCUCUGAGUUCCAAAGUCCUACUGAAAGCGUCUAAGCGACUCUCGAUGAGUGCUCGCCACGAAUUUAGAAGUAAUUACUACUCUGCAUUUUUAUCGCGUCUUUAUACAAUAUUAGAGGGGACGAGGCAGAAGAUGAAGGUACUUUUUACCUUUUUGGGGGUAGUAAAAGUAACACGAUACAUUGUGUUUAGUCAUAUCUAAUUUACUGAUUUAAAAAAGACGCAGUUUUAGAAGCGUUUCUGUAGCCUUUUUCUGAUUAAUAAUUUUGAAGACAAUGUAUGAAGUGACAAAAUAUCUUUUUUUUAUGACAAAAAAGUCUGUUUUGCUUUUAUUAGAUAAAAAAUAUUCCUUUGCUUGCUUAUCAGAGAAAAAAUUUAUUUUGUUGUUUACAUUAUUUAACUAGAUAGAUAUCCAUAUUCUAAGAAGCAUGUGUGGUUAACGUACGUAUAAAGAGCACGAAAAUCCGUACAUGUGUUGCAAAACAUACGGCGUGAGCCGUAUUGGCGAGGAGGACUUUUUGGUUUCAAUUUUUUGGUCUGCAAUACUCGUCUUGACUGACAAGUCUUAUCAGAUCGUGCUCGUUUAUGUAACUUCACAAUCUGUAAAAAAGGCUCACAACUAGCCUUAAGUACACAAUACACUAUUUUAAGAUGUUUGCUCAUAUUCAUAAUAGAAUAGAGUAUAAAAUAUCUAUCCUAAAACGAAGUCCCUGAAAACUAUCAUUUUCAAAAGUCGAGUUUUUAAACCUUAAUUGAAACUCAUUUAUACAUUUAAUUCUUUAUUGAUGACUAUCGCUUCAAAUGAUCGUGUCAAAAUCGCUAAAGCAUUCGUAAUAUCAGAUUUUGUAUCGGGUUAUGAUUGUUGUACAAGAAGACUAUUGACGUAUUAUAAGUGAAACCCAUUUUAUGGCAAAAAAAAAUUUCAUUAUUCAUGCUCGCGAAAUAAAGCUUUAUGCUGAACUACAUCUAAAAAACAUUUAAUCUCAGUGAUUGAACAAUAGCUAAGUUGAGUUUUGUAAGAGCAAGUUAACUGAAUAAUAAUUGAAUAGUACCGAACAAUAUUAAUUAAAAAGUAAUAAAGAUGCAUUUGAUGUGUGCGCGUCAAAAACUUGAGAUGAAAUAAGAAACGAGGCAGUAUUGAAUUUUUUAUACAAGAGACUGCCAAUCACAGAGUAUUGAUUACUAAACUGAGUGUAUAUAAGUGAAUGUAUACUUUAUAUUUAUGCUGAAGAUUCUUUUGGAUAUCUUUUAUAUUAUAUGAUAUGAUACAGUUGAGAGCGAACAAUUAUUGGCGUAGCUGAUCGAAAGUAUGAUAGAAUUCGUAAGUAUUUUAUUAUACUUAGCAAGAAACUAUCUUUUAUUAUUUCUUUCUUAGUUAAUGCACUUAAAAUUAGCAGGUAGUAUAGAUGACAUUAUGAUUAUUUUACUACUUUUAAAUAAGCGAUUUUCAUACCAUGUUUUAAUAGUGUUCUUUCGUUGUUUUUUUUUCUUUUUUUGAAAAUUUGAGAAUAGAAAAAAUAUAAAUUCUGAUUUGAUCUCUGUCAGAUAAAUAAUGGAAAUAUUUUAUUGAUAGUAUUUCAAAAAAAUAUAGUAAAUAAAAAUAAAAUAAAAAUAAAUAACAGUCAUACUAAACAAAGAAGUUGAAAACAUAAGAUUGUUAUUAUCACUUUAAUUUGUAGAAAAAUGCAAUGUUGUAUGUACAUAUGUACAUCAACAAAAAUAGUAGUAUAAAACAAUGACCAGCUGUCAUAUUUAUAAUCUGAGAGCCUUGAGUUUUAUUGCUUAAAAUGUAUUUUGAAAUUUUAUAUCUAUUUAUUUAUGAUAUAUAUUCAAUUAUAUAAAAAAAACCUAUAUUGUAUUAUUUAGAGAUCAGAAAGCCGAAUUUUGUAUCGUUUUUAUAAGAAUAAAAUACUUAUGAAUAUAUUUGUGAAUCAUUAAAACUAUAUUUAAUAUUAAGUUAUUUAUAACGACGUAUAUUAAAAUCUGUUUUUACAACUAAUCAAUGGAAAACUAAUAAAGAAACAUACCUCUGAUGAUGCAAUCUAUGGGUUUUACAAGGUUUUACAAACAAUUUUUACAAUAAAAUCAAUGAUUAUAUUCAAUGAAAUAAUAAACUAUAAUCAAUAUAAUUCUUCCUUUGCCUACGCAGCUUUAUUUUUAUCAUUUAUCACCGAUAAAACUAACUAUUCAUUAGCAGAAUACUUAUAUAAUAAAAAACCAUUGGUAUGCUUAGUAAAAAUGAUGUAAUCAAGAGGAAACCUUUUGUAAUUUCAUUGCAUUAGCUUGAUAUGCUGCUGACUCGCCAUUUUAAUAAGAAUAAGGUUGACUGUAUCAUAGAUGAGAAGAAUGUGAUUAAAUGUAAAAUAAACAAUCAAUGAAUUCCGACAAUUGUAAAGGAUUGACUGUGACUGCAACAAGUAAAGAAGAUACUCUUCAGUAUUCAAUAAUUUGGUUUAUUGUUUAAAUCGAAAUCAAUGAAUUAAAUACCAUUUAAUUGUGAAAAAUUUAUUUUUACAGGAUGCAAUAAUAUACGUAAGUUUCUUGAUAAUGAUAAUUAAAUAAGAAAUAUUAUUCUUAUAAUUGUUUAUGCGUCAAAUAUUAUGUAUAAUUAUUUUGUAACUGAAACAAACGAAUUUUGGUGUUAAAAUCAUACUUCUAUGUGUAAUUUUUGAGGAUAAAAUUGUCAUCAAAAUGAAUAGAUUCAAACAUAAUGUAAAAACAUUCAAUGAUAAAUUUCUACGCAAAAUUUUAAAUUUAAAACAUGUAAAAUCUGCUGUAUACUGCAUUAUGCAUGCAUUAAUGUUGAGAACGGAAAAUAAAAUUUUACACAAAUAAAAAUUAUGAGUUAUUGAUUUUCUUUUGGAAUAUUACUUUCUUAGUAUUACAAACCUGAGUAAUUAUUUAACUUAUCUUUGAGUAAAUGGGUUAUUGGAAAUAAGAAAAGAGUUUUUGGCGUUUUACAUACAUGUUUUUAUUUUUUUUUUGUAUGCUACUUGUUAAAUGCUAUAAACAAAAAUGAAGAUAAAAUGAAAGUUUGCAAAUGCUAAGAUUUGUUUAUAUCGAGACAGUAAAUAACAUGAAAUAUUGUGAUUACAUAAGUAAAGUAUAUGUGAUCCUUCAUGAGCAAACAUUUGAAUUGCCGAAUUUUUUUAUUAUUUUUUUUUAUACGUUUAUCCCAUUGAAAAGAAAACAGUCAAAGGUAAACUUCUCAUAUAAUACAACUAAAAAAAUGUCACGAGAUAAUAUUUGGACGCUUAAAACUAGCUGUCGUGCGAAACGUUCGGUAUACGUUUCGCGCGCAUUCUAGUAAUAUCCGCUUCGCUAAAAAAAUAGGGUAUACUAUCACGCAUUUACAUUCAACUCCCAAUCGUAGAGAAAAAUAAUUUUUGUUUUAUAUUACAAUUCAAAACAUAUCGGCGAUAUUCGAUCGCCAAAUAAUUAAUUAUUAAUAAAAGAUUACAGUAUAAUAAUAACAGGCGAAAAAAACUCGAGAAUGACGAAUGUCGAAUGAGAUAAUUUACAACUUUCACGCGCUUUCGCUCUCUUUCUCUCUUUUCGGUGAAAAUUAAACGUUAUUUUUAUUUUGUACAAAUAAAUCUCUUUUUUCCUCUUGAGUUUUCGAUCACAGCACUACAUACAUUGUCGAUGUGAAAGAUCCGUGACGAAAAUACACUUUUUCCCCGGGUGAAACGGUCAUUCCACGUGCAUUAUAUAAUUCGAUGUAAAAAGUCCAUCGUUAUACAUAACGCUAAUGUGACCAUAUUAUAAUAGAACUACGCAUGUAUACAGUGUUAUAGUACACUG